UCUUAGCGUCUAAAUUGCUUUGCUUUUUGUUUCCUAUUUCAUCAUGACUCUUUUGGUCCCUAAUGAUAUACUCCUCCUGGUAGGGGAGUUCGUGGAAAAUCAUCAAGACCGCUACAACCUCCUUUUCGUAUCUCAGCAGUUCCAUGAGCUGUUCCGACGCUUGCUCUAUCGAGAUGCUGCUCUCAAGAGCUGCAUCCAGGUCCAUUCCUUUAUAAGAGCGCUGCUUCACCGUCCCGAGCUGGCUCGGGCUGUCCGCACCUUGAACUUUCAUGACUGGGAGUCCCGAUCAGCGCGAUGUUUCUCUCUUUCUCCUGCCGACUUGACACCCUUCGUCGCUUUGACUAAAAGCUUUAGCAAUUCAAAAGAGGAACAAGAACAAUGGUCCCAGGAUCUGUCGGACGGAGUCGAAGAAGCGUGGAUCGCCCUUCUUCUGCCCCUGAUGGGUAAUCUCAGACACCUUCAGCUGGUGUAUCCUAAGAACAAUGUUUACCUGAAUCGCAUGAUGCAGCGAGCUGUCAAGGGAGCAAUGCCAUUCGACACUCGAACCGCCUUCCACGCGUUGCGAAGCGUAUCGCUUAGCCACCUGCCAGACGAAGAGGACAGUCGAGGAAGCUUCAUACCGUCGCAAGUUCUACCAUUCUUUCAACUGCCGUCUAUGCGCGCCUUUAGCGCCGAUUCUGUUGUCGAGUCUACACAGUCAGAACCCAGCGAUACGCAAUCCACAGAAGCCGAGUCGGCACCCGUAGUUGGCUCUUCGCCCAUCUCCGAAAUCACUCUCCGCACGAGCAGUGGCUCCAAGGGAAUGGAGGGCCUUAUUGCUUGCUGCGCUUCCUUAAAGUCGUUCAAGUACCAACACUCCGACUCGCACCUCUUAUCAGAGGGCUACCGACCUUCCGCUUUUUAUCAGUCACUGGAUGCAAGCAAGAGUUGCCUGCAAAGCUUGUGGCUUGACAAUGGGGGCACACAUUUACCUUUCACCAUCGCUGGGGCAAACGAGACGCACGACGAAUGGAUUGGUUCUUUGACCGAGUUCACCGUGCUCAAGGAGCUCCGUAUCCGCCUAUCCAACCUGCUGGACAUCCGCUACCAGCUGGAUCCGUCAUCUCCACUUCCCGAUGUGCUCCCCCAGUCCUUGGAAGCAUUGUAUGUGGAAGGAUGCAAAGAGAACUCGCUGGUCAUGCUGGUGGGACAACUGAAGUUGGUGCUUCAAAAACGGAAGCAGCAGUUCCCCCGGCUGAAGCGAUUGGAGAUCGAGGGUUUCUUCCACGAUGGGGAAGACGAAGAAGCGUCUGGUUAUCAGUCUUCUGGCUCGAUGAGGGAGAGGUUCAUUCGCCCACGGGUGUAUGAGAUGAUUGAGCCGCUACGCGAGGCUUGUUCCGACGCCGGAAUUGAUCUCUUCCUCCGCGACCGCGAUUGUCCGGAGACGAUGGGAGCAUGUUAGUGAUGACGUCAUCACCUGUUGAUAAAAAACUAGUUAGUCACGCGACCGAUAGAUUUUAGCGCUCAUUGCUUUGGAUAAUACCCCCAUAGAUACCUUCAGGAUGUUUUGGUGUUGCUAUCUGGCUCUAUUUUGGGGGUGUAGCUUUGUUUCUAACUUCGUCUGAAGAUACGAUUAAUCCGUUUGUUUAUCGAGAUGACGGGAUGGUCGAAUAGAACGUUCUGCAAUUUGAAACACAAACAGAAAUUUGUAAGAAAGAAUGUGCAUCAUGCUGCUCAUCAGAAGAUCACUUCAAAUUAGACACAAGCCCGCCAAGACGGGAUUGACGGUGAAGAUGAAGCCACUGGGGAAA